CAGUCAGAAAGGAGUGGAGGAGGUUGUGUUUCCGCUCUGCCGCCGUCAUUACGGUUGACUUAACGCAGCAGAUGAAUUAACAGUAAAAACACGCAACGCAGCUGAGCACCAACAAUGCGGCGUGAGAAACACCCACAACCCUGUGGGCUGGGGGUCUCUCCGUGUGUCUGUGGGUCGCUGUCACCGGCGUGGAAGUCUCCGUGGCUUUAGGUCCACUGUACGCGUCGUGGGCUGAACUUUCCUGACCUGCUGGACGCUGGCCAUGCGGAGAGAGAUCUGAUCCGGGAGAAGAGGCGUUUUCCCCGCUUUCUUCGACGGUAAAUUAAACCCUGCUGAGGAUGGACUGUUUGUGAGUGUGCCGAACCGUGGAGUGGAACACAAUGAGACACCGGCCAUGAUCGACUUGGUGGAAAGUUGGGAGCGACGGCGCAUUAAAGGGAUAUCCCGCAAAAAGUGAUGUUUUUGCAGCGGAGUUCAAUUUAUCUGUGAUUUGUUGCUGCAAACCUACUCAUACGGACAUGUGUGAGGUGGCCAUGGAGGAGCAGGGCAGCGAGAUCACGGACAUGGAGCGGUGCUCCUCCCGGGAGGAGUACGGGGUCAUGGUGGAGUCCGCCCGCCGCCGGUUGAACCCCCCACUCAGCGUGGUGUGGACAACCAUGCUCUACUGCGCAGAGUUCAUCACCGCCUGCAUCCUCUGCAAAAGUUACCACAAGUCCAACGAUGUGAUCUGGAUGAGCUUCACCAUCACCUUCAUGCUGGUUCCCGCUGUGCUCAUCCAGCUGACCCUGACCUUCAUCCACAGGGACGUGGGUCGGGACCGGCCGCUGGUUCUGUUACUGCACCUGCUGCAGCUCGGACCCGUCAUCAGGUGUUUCGAGGCGCUGGUGGUCUACUUCAAGGCAGGCCAUAACGAGGAGCCUUACGUCACCCUCUCCAGGAAAACCAACCUGCAGAAGGGCCGAGAGAUAGAGCUGGAAAUUGGGCAGACGGAGCGGACGCUGGCCACGCACCGGAACGCCUUCAAACGCACCGCCGUCAUCCAGGCCUUCCUGGGCUCCACGCCUCAGCUGACGCUCCAGCUGUACGCCACCAUCCAGGAGAAGUACAUCCUGUCUGACAGAUUGGCGUUGAUGAUCAUCACCUUCAUCUCCAUCACCUACGGCGCUCUGGUCUGCAGCGUCCUCGCCAUCCAGAUCACCUACGACUCCAUCAAGGUGCAGCUGCGGCCCGCCGCCUACCUAUGCAUGGUGGUGUGGCGGGCCCUGGAGAUCACCACCCGGGUCACGACCCUGGUGCUGUUCAGCACCGCCCUUACCCACUGGGUCAUCCUGGUGGGCGGGUGCAACCUGCUCUUCUUCUUCUUCCUGCCAUGGGUGGAGUUCUGGUUGCGGAAAGGCUCGCUGGCCGAGGGCGUGGAGAAGAACUUCUCCAAGCUGGGCACGACCAUCGUGCUGUGCAUGUUCACGCUGCUGUACGCCUGCAUCAACGUGUUCUGCUGGUCGGCCGUGGAGCUCGACCUGGCAGACCAGGAGCUCAUCGACCGGAAGCAGAGCUGGCGCCGCCUGGCGCUCUACUACUCCGGCCGCUUCCUGGAGAACUUCGUCCUCAUCACGCUCUGGUACUUCUUCAAGUCGGACUUCUACGAGUACGUGUGCGCGCCGCUGGUGGUGGUGCAGCUGCUAAUCGGCUACAGCCUGGCCGUUCUCUUCAUGCUGCUCUUCUACCAAUUCUGCCACCCGUGCAGGAGCCUCUUCAAGUACAACGUCCACGACUGCCUGCACUGCGUCUGCUGCCGGCGCCGCCGGGCCGCGAGCCGGCGGGGCAGCGUGCCGCCUUCCUACUCCACCGCCGCCACCAUGCUUAAGGAGGAGCUGCUGGACCCUCAGAACUGCCUUCCUCCAGACGGCGCCGGGCCGCUGGGCGAGCGGGAGUCUUUAGCCUGACAGGAAACGCACCAAAAGCAGGAGGAAUGCUGGGAAAAACAAGACACUUGGGCAAAUCACUAGAAAAAAAUCAUGUAUUUUUGUUCAAUUUAUUGUGAAAAUAACUUACUACACUUGAAAUUAGACAAAACUUACUAACAUAUAAGGUUAAUGAUAAACUUCUUAAAGGUAUUUGAUAGUUUUCUAAUGUUAAUUGAAAAUUAUGUUGCAUUUUUUAGAUGUUGAAUUAUUGAAGAUUAUUGUUGAAGUUCAGCCACGCUUCUUAUAAACAAGUUUGUUCACUGCUAAAACAAAAUAAUGCCAAGUAUUUUUGGUCAAGUUUCUAAUGCAAAUAUCUUAAUACACCUGAAAUAAGACAAAACUAACUGAAAGAUAUCUUCCCAGCAAGAUACUGGCGCUUGUUUUAAGUAAAUAAUUCCUUAAUAUUGAUGGUAAAAGUACUGGUUCCAGUGGCAGAAUAUUUUCACUUGUGAUUUUUUUUUCAGAAUUUAUAAGUCAAAUAAUCUGCCAGUGGAACUACAAUUUUUACAUCAAUAUUAAAGAACUAUUGACUUAAAACACACUAAAAUGUCAUGCUGAAAUUUAGCUUUGUCUUAAAGUUGACUAACAUGUAUGCACUACAAAAACACAAAAUCUUAUCAAGUAUUUUUGCUACUGCUUCUAGUGCAAAUAUCUUAAAUCACUUGAAGUAAAACAAAACUAAUUUGCAAGAAACUGUUCACCAAGAAAUUGGAUUUUUUUUGAGUAAAUAAUUCCUUAAUAUUGAUGAUAAAAAGUUAGUUUGUCUGUUGGAUGCCUUAUUUCUCUUAGACAUCUUUAUUGUGUUAUCAGUAAAAUAAUCUGCUUUUUGUCAAUAUUUUAAAAAAUAUUUACUUAAAACAAUAUACUAAGUCUUGCUGAAAAGUUUCUUGUAAUUUAGUUUUAUUUCAUUCCAUGUGUUAUGAGACAUUUGCAGUAGAAAAAGAACCAAAAAUAUUUGGUAAGAUUUUGUGUUUUUGCAGUGUAUUAACUUUCCUGGAUCAUGAUUAUGCCACCAAAGAAUGUCGCACUUGGAGAUAUGCGGCGAUGCUCAAAAGCAGGUGAUGAAAGCGCAGCGCUGAGCCAGGUGUGUGGGUGUGUGUGUGUGUGUGUGUGUGUGUGAGUGAGUGAGUGAGAGAAGUGGGGGUGUGUGUGUGUGAAGUGGCCAAAACACUGACCCAGGACAGUUUCAGUUUGCCUCCUCUCAGGGUUUCAAAGCUCCCCCGUUUGCACGCAUCUUGCAUCUGCACUGAUCAGACGUGAACGCAGCAUGGCAGAAAAUGUUACAAAGCUUUGACUGGUUUCCUCUCAGCUGCUGUCUGUUCUUCACAGCUCACUGCCUUUAAAUGAGGGGAAAAAAACACAAAAAGUUGGACACGAUGUUCUGCUGAGAAACUAAAAGGAUCCUGAAUAUUUGUGUGGCUUCGGUAGCAAAGACGUUAUCCAGAAUUAACCUAAUUAUUGUGUAAAAUUAAGAGAUGGACGCUAAAUGAGCUUGUAUUUAUGCUUUGAUACUGUGCAUGUUUUCAUUUUUUCUUUGUCGUUCAGUGCCUUGACUACUACUGUACUACUUGAACAUUGAAUAAAGUGAAAAAUAAAGUAUUUUUUCUUGCAGGUGCA